UAUUAUUUUAUUAGCAACAAAAUAAUACUGGAAACCGAAAGAUGUUCAUUUCAUUUCCUGCUCGUAUAUCAUACAUAAUAAUAAUUAAAGAAACAAUUGAUUAAUAACCACCCUGGGCACUGGGAGGUUGCAGUGAUUAUAAAUGGAAUGCAGCUGCACUGUCCCCGCCAAAAUCUCUGGCUCUCUCCCAAUCUUACUUUCUCUGUUUCUUUCUUCAUCUCCCAAACUAAAAUAAAAUGAAAUUGUUUUAUUCAGUUUCAUCGUUUUUCUUUCUGGUCACAAGUGCUAGAUAAGGUUGGUUCGUUCCCCAAGAUAGACAGAAAGAGAGUUCAUUCAUACAUAAAUACAUACAUGCAAAUGCAUUAAAAGAUUGUGUUUAGCUUAUACUAAUCAAAUUAUCCAAUCUGUUUCAGAAAGACCGCAGCUUCUCCUUAGGCAUUUCUGCUUAUGAAACCUCUUGUUUUUGUCUCUCCAACUCCACCUUUAAGGUUGCCGCCGUAAUUGGUAUUUUCAAUUUUCUUACUGCUUCUUCCUUCCUUCCUUAAUUUCCUUCUUUCUUGGCCUUUUCUUGGGAGGGUUUGAUUGGCUGGCUUGGUGCCUCCAUACCAAAGGAAUAUCAUCAUGUCAGCUUUCAUAGCAAGAACAGGGAGACACCGCCAACGGUAUGAUGAGAAUAACUUUCGACUUGUUUCUGGAUGUAUUCCCUACAGGCUGACAAAGGACGAUAAAGAUGUUGACAAGGAAAACAGGAUAGAAGUUCUCAUGGUCUCUUCACCAAAUCGUAGUGAUUUAGUCUUUCCAAAGGGUGGAUGGGAGGAUGACGAGACUGUUGUAGAAGCAGCAUGUCGGGAAGCCUUAGAAGAAGCAGGAGUAAGAGGAAUACUAAGAGAAAUUCCUCUAGGAGUUUGGGAGUUUAGAAGCAAGAGCAGGCAGGACCUUUGCAGUCUGGAAGGAAGCUGCAGAGGAUUCAUGUUUGCAUUAGAGGUGACCGAGGAGCUUGACAUCUGGCCGGAGCAGAAAGACCGAGAUAGGAUUUGGUUAAAUGUAAAAGAAGCCUUGGGUCUCUGCCGGUAUGACUGGAUGCGUAAGGCACUGGAGGAGUUUCUGAGAGUUAUAGAAGAAGAUGAAGAACUGAAGCUGAAGGAGGAGAUAGUUGUGUCCCCAUCCAUCCCAGUAUCUGAUGUUGGGGCAGACUGUCAAAUUAUGGCUGCAAAUUGCUAUGUAAAACCUUCCAAGCAUCAUGCUUUGAGAGUGCUAUAAGCUCACCCUGGCACAUUCCUCUCAAAAAGGUUGCCAGUUUGCCACUGACACGAGACAUUAUAAUGUAGUUAUUCUCUGCCUCUUUACUAAGAGGGCGGAGCUAGGCUUUCUAUAACUCUAUUAUGUCUAUGACUUCUUCAGAUUUUAACAGGGCAAAAUUUUCCGAAGCGACAUAUAUUCUGGUUUAGAAUCUUUAGUCAUAACUCAGUAGUGAAAUCUUGUUCAUUACUAGGCUUCGGUUUAUGUUGAUUUUAGGAAAUUUCGUGCGAGUUGGUCUUUAAGCCACGCGGAUGACAAAGAGGCUACCUCUCAUAUAAGAAAGACUUCAUGA